AGAAGAAGAGAUUUGUUCUUUCCGCUAGCGCGAUAUCUUGUCGAUCUUCACGGAAUCUUUGUGUGAUCAUUAUUUUUCGUCCAGCAACUGUACAUGCCUCAUUCCUCGAACAGCUCAUGAAAAGCUGUGGGAAGCAUGGUGAACCAUCAGUUAACCAGUGUCGUCGUGGCGUGUUGCCUGGUGGGCUGUACGAGUGCAUUGCCAUCACACCGAAGACUGACAUUGGACAACUUCACAUUAGACAUCUUUCCGAACUUCGAUCACACGACGGAGCUCACCGGUCCUUGGAUUGCAAUGGCCAGAUACGUGGUGUACGUUCUUACGAAAUCCCCGAUAAACGCUGAUUUCUUUCGGGCUAUCUUUGGGAGGAAAACGCAUUCAUCCCCUUUUGAUAUACUCUACCAGAUGCACAAGCACCAACCGUUUGUGUACCAGUUCUACGAAACGACGGUAGUGGUUGCCAACAUAAUGCUGGCGGCCGCUCUGGCAGUGUUCCUAAUGCGACAGAUCGGCACUUGCGGCUCCUCAAAGGAACAGGACAUCACCAUAAACUACCGUUUACUGCUACAGACGUACCUCUUCUCUGCGUGCGCUGUACUAGGGCUUACCACCUUCUUCGCUAUCUUGGUGGUGUCUUGCGAUUAUGGCAUUGACAUUGGCGUCCAAGCGUUGGAGGACUACAUCCCCACAUUCAAGGACAAAUUGAGGGAAUACCUUGACCGGGACAUGAUCGCUAGCGCUGCCACCACCUAUAGCAACAUGACGGAAGCCUUCGCAUUACAUUAUUUCCUCUUUACAACUCAUUUUACUGAUGGCGCAGUUGGAGCUGUACUGGACGCUUUUAAGAAAUUCUUCGGGACGAAGUACAUUUUCUUCCAGCUGUAUGAGAAGACGUUCGAUGAAGCCAUUAAGAACGUUCAAGGUCUGUCAAGCGCCUCUGUAACUUCGAUGAAAAAUUGGGCUGCAGCCAUCGAUACAGGUACUACCUCAAUCAAAGAAAGCUUUGUAGAUUCCCUGGCGGAGUCUACAGUGUUCCAGCGCCACGCUAUAGUCAUACUGGUGAUUGACAUGCUGACCGCAGUUACAGGACAACUCUUCACUUAUAACGAAGCACUCCGUAAAGCAAGAGAGGGCAUUGAUUCAGUGCAAAGUGUACUCCUUGCUGAUAACAGAACCUUGUUCUACAUACCACGCCUGAAAGACGCCAUAUCUAAAACCAUCACCGCAACAGUUGUCUUCGUGGGUGCGAGCAUGGGUGGCAUGCUGAGUGGCUUCCUGCUCGGAUUUUGUAGUCACAAGGAACGCGCUUCGCCUCUGGAGAGGAGCGCCACGUCCAAUUCUGCCGGACGCAUCCUUGUAUGGACGAGCUAUCUGAUGCUAUUUGGAGUUUCUGUGAUGACGUUCCUGACGGGUGCCGUGAUGCUGAUUGGUUGCAUUGGCGAAAUAUUCAUUUGCCGUCCGCAGAGGGACCAAAACUUUGGCGACAGUCCUGAACUUAUCGACUAUGCGACAGCGUUGCUCAUGAAUGCUACGGAACACGCCUACUACGUCCAGAAGCUGCUAACCUUCAGCAACAUUCAACAACACUGUGUAGCGCAUCACGGGAUUGCGGGGCUCGCUGGUAUAAGAACGCAAGACCUCCAGGAGGCAUCAUUUAAAAUGAGCGAUCUGCAGAAGGACCUGAUUUAUCAGUAUCAUAUAGAUCUUGACGUUGCCGCACAAGCCAUACCACGCAGAAUGAAGCUCAUCAGCGACUUUAUCAAAGAGUUCAACAACACUGUAGCUCCUGUUGCCAUCGACACGAAAGACGCUGUGGAAAAACUACAGCGUUUCGUAGACGGAGAUCUGAAGCUGUACAAGUACACGCAGACGAAACCUGAUGCUUUAGAAGAAUUCGUCAGCAAGUCCUUCCUCGCCGACACCCUGGAGAAGAGCGAGAACCUGAAGACUGAUAUCCUCUACUAUCUCGACCAGUUCGACGACGUGGGAAACUGUACAAAAAUUCUCUCUAUUUUCCAAGGAUCUUUCAAUAUUAUGUGCAACGGUGUCAUCGAUUAUGUUAAUGGCUAUUGGCUAGCUUUGCUGUGCCUGACUUGCGUUUACGUGUACGCAAUAUACAUAUCACUGAGCACGUCGAAAUAUUUCUUCAUUAUGGAGAGCUAUACUUAUGAAGGCGAACCAGUUCCUGAAGGGACAAAAUUCGAAGAUCUUGCGUCGCACCGUAAACAGAGAACUCGAAGAAGGAAGAUGGAUUACAUGAAAGACGAGCAGGCUCUCCAGGGUUUGGACGCGGCCGAAGCUGCAGAGGAGCAGAGAAGGAUGCAAGAAUUGGCUGAGAAAGCGAAAGCUCUUCGAAAGAAAAAGUUGACUCGUGCUGAAGAGGCGAAGCAGGACGAAGGGCUGAUUCUUGGGGCUCUGGGAACCGUGGGUGGAGCUCUGCAACCAUUCACUCCAUUUAUUCCUCUGCUCGGCAAAAAGAAGAAGAAACGUCAAGGAGCUCAAGUUGCGGAAGCUCCAAGCAGCGCCGAAGUACCGCAGUUACCACCUGAAUCUCCUGCAGCGCAAACUUCUCCUCCACAACAACCGGCUCUUCCACGACUGUCACCCCCUUCACAGCUACCUUCUCUACAGAAAACAGCACCACAUCCUAGACACUCAAAAAUACGCAAGUCGCCACUAACAUCGCCUUCGCCACCUAAAGUUCUCUCACCUUUGUUGUUAAGCUCGAGUACAGCGACUCCUCUGGCUACUUCUAAAGACAAGACGCCGUCUCCCGUGGUUACAUCUAAGGAUAAGACGACGCCGGUCCCGCCGGGCGCUGACACCUCGUCGGUCAAAGAACAGGGCACCGUGAAAGCCAAACGGAAAGCAGACAAGAAGCGCGACGAAACGAAAGUGGAGGAUGAGCAACUAGAGCAGAAAGCGGAGGAUGGGAAAGUAGAAACGAAAGUGGAGGAUGGGAAAGCAAAAACGAAAGCGGUGGAUGGGAAAGUAGAAACGAAAGUGGAGGAUGAGCAAGUAAAGGGGAAGGACGAGACGAGUGCUAAGGUAGAAGAACACGAGACAGAGGAUAUCUCUAACCUCCCUGAACCAACGUUUCGAUGCUGUUGCUAAAUGAUGUUUUCAACGUCACGUUGAUAUGACGAUAUACCCUGUGGUUUGAACGAAGACGUGUAAUGCGUUUGUUCUCCACCUAUUUCCUUGUGCUGCGUGGUUUACAUUUCUCUAGCUCACGACUGGACGAAGUAGCCUUGUGCACCUGAUCUGCAGUGUUCAACGCACUGUGUGCUUAGUUCCUUAUUCAUGCAAAUUCAUCGCUUUUCAACACGUGACUCUUUUUUUCUUUUUAUGUCAAUCUAAUAAAGUGUAACUUAUCCCCGA